UUGGCUUCUUUCCGCAAGCGGGAAUAGGGCGCCCUUUAUUCUGUGGGAAAGCAGUGGCUAUUGCGUGAUCGUUCGGUGUUUAUCAUCACCUUAGCGUGCACCGAAAGCAAGCGAUGACCGAGAAUUCCGCUAUAAAGCGGCGUAAAGUGUACUUAGACAAGGAUGGCUACUUCGACGUGCCGACCGCUACUUGGUAUAGGCAUGAAAAGGCGCACACCGUCGCCGUCGCAUCGGCAACCUCACGGGCACCAUCUACGAGCGUCGGUAUCAGUGUGCAGUCGGGAAGCGCGACAGACGCUUCGCCUAACACAUCGCCAUGUGGGUCAAAUGACGGAUACAACAACGCAGUUUCUUCGGACCACGACGGCAGCGACAACUUCAUAUUCGACACUGAUGACGAACCCGACGAGAGGAACAGCUCAAGUGCAAGUGGCACUUCCGAAAAUUGGGACAGCUCUGACGGUAACGACGAAUACGUUACUAACAAAUCCUUUGAUGAUGACACGUUGCCGUCCUGGUUUGCGCAGUACGGCGGCGAAAGAUUGCCGCACUCAAAUGUAACAAAGGCGGCCGCAAUAGCAGCAGUAAUGUCGUUUGCGGUGUCUCAUGGUUUGACGUGGACAGCACUGGGCGACCUAGCGAAGCUGAUAAACUUUCUUGUUGGCACAGAUGCCUUGCCUCCGAGCAAAUUCACUUUUCGGAAGCUCUGGGCGGGAGACAUGCGGGAUAUUGUGCAGCAUCACUUUUAUUGUGAACCAUGCAAACGCGUCAUGACAACGCAUGGCAAUUCUGCUGAGUGCAGCAGCUGUCACAGUGUCAGAACAACCCAGUCAUUAAAAAAUGAAGGUUGCUUCUUCUUCAUUCUUAACCUGGCAACGCAACUCAGGCUUAUGAUUCAACGGACCAAAGAGGAACUACAUGAAAGCCUUGAAGCACUUCAGCACCCGUCAUCUACCGUUACUGAUAUUACCAGGGGUCAGUGCUACAGCAGGCUGAGGGAAGAACAGAACCUUCGCCCUGAUGACUUGACAUUGACAAUAAAUACUGAUGGGAGCCCUGUAUGGAAAUCUUCGAAGACGUCAGUGUGGCCCCUGCAAUUUAUUGUUAAUGAACUGCCACCGCAUUUGCGAUUUAAACACCCGGUUCUUGCAGGGCUCUGGUUUGGUAAAAAGCAUCCAGAGAUGCAACUGUUCCUUGAGGGGUUCGUGAAUGAAGUAAACUGCACAGGGGCAGUGAAGUGGGCUCACAAAGGAGACGUUCAUGUGUCAAAGCCUCAUGUAUUGUGUGUCUCCGUUGAUGCACCUGCGAGGGCAUGUGUGCAGAACAUGGUGACCUUCAAUGGAUAUUUUGGUUGCACAUGGUGCCUGAUUCCAGGAGAGCACCGAGAAGGGAGCAUGCGGUACACAACGGUGUCUUCUGUGGAACAAAGAACUUCAGACCGUGUCAAGAGUGAGAUGCAUCUGGCAAGCAGGUUUAGAGACACCAUCAAUGGCUUAAAGGGGCCGUCAGCCUUGAUGAACUUGAAAGGUCUGGACCUUGUGAAUGGCUACAGCGUUGAGUACAUGCACUGUGUCCUACAAGGUGUUGCAAAGCAGCUGACAGAAACCAUCCUGUCAAGUUCAAAUUCUGAUGAGCGGUUCUAUUCAGGUGCACCAUCAGCCCUUUCCAAAAUAGAUGCACGGCUGUUGUCCAUCAAGCCACCUCACUGCAUUACAAGGCUACCACGGUCUGUUCAAGAAAGAAGCCAUUGGAAGGCAUCUGAAUGGAGAAAUUGGCUCCUUUUCUAUGCUCUGCCUUGCCUUAAUGACAUUCUGCAUCAUGAGUACUGGAGGCACCUUUCCAAGCUUUGUGGGGGUAUAUAUAUCCUCCUUCAAGAGGAACUCACCAUUCUUGAAAUUGACAAAGCUGAGUCUCUUCUCAAGAACUUUGUGUCAAGGUGUGAAGCAUUAUAUGGUGUGGCAUUCAUGACAUAUAAUGUCCACGCACUCCUCCACCUUGGAAACUGUGCCCGUUCCCUUGGGCCCCUUUGGGCACAUUCUGCCUUCGUGUUUGAAGGGGGAAAUGGCACCAUUGUGCGGCAGAUUUCCGCAGCAAAGGGCCUUCCGGACCAAAUUGUAGAACGAGUCGUCAUGUCUCAGCAGCUGCAGCGUCUACUUGGAAGUCCACUUCUAGCUUCUGAAGAAAAAAGGUUGUGCAAUGGCUUUCUUGGAUAUUCACCUGUGAAAAACUUUUUGUGUGUAGAUGGCUUAUCACUGUUGGGCACAGGUAAGAAGACAGUGCUCAGUGCUGAAGAGCAGGAUGCACUGUAUAGUCGGUGUGGAGUGGCUGUGUCCGAUGCUGUGGAAUAUGAGCGAUUUGUGCAAAAGAAGCAAGUUUUCCACAGCACUGGAUUCAGAAGACCUUCAAAAUCUGAUACGACCUUUGUGCGGACAUAUGCUGGGUGCUAUGCACGAAUUGAGAAAAUACUUGUGCUUCAGGAGACAGGCUGCUGCUAUGUUAUCUGCAGACCAGUAAUUAUAGCAGAUGUUCGUGCCAUUCCUCCUCACAUAAAGGAGUGUUUCCUUUCGUGUGACGGAACGCGCGACGUGAUCUUGCCUGAUGAAAUUGUUGACAGUUGUUUGUGUAUAGAUUUUGUGCAAGAAGAUAAGAUGUUCAUUUGUGACCUGCCGAACAAGAUUGAAAGGGAUUGAAGAGACACUAAAGAGAAAAAUGAGUUUAGCUGUAUUAGUAAUUCACCGUUUCUCAUUACCAAAAACAAAGUGUCUAAAGCUACUGUGGAAUGGAAGAUCCAUAAGGAAAACACUCUACAGCAACUGCAUUCCACGAAUCUCCUUGCUGCUUUCAGAAUACUAGGGUUCAAACAUGUAGCGAGCUGCUUAUCACACAUGUAUACCAACCCGUCAUCACACAAGUGAAGUGGUAUCCUGCACAAACAAGAGGGAUGAGUAUGUGCUGCAGCACACUUCAACGCCAAUCGGUGCUAGCACAGCAGAAGGCUUGCUGUUGUAACGAAAGAGCCAUUUACAAGUGAUCUGGGUGUUGAAUACAAUACAAAUAAGUUAGAAGAGAAUGUUUGUAAAGCGCACAAGAAUGUGCCUUCGAAAUACUGAAAUCAACAAAAAUAAUGCAGCAGAGGCCUGAACAGUUUCCAGGUAAUGGUUAAUAUCUCAACUGAGGAUACAGCUUAUGAAACUUCAGUAGUAUCUGUAAAUUCCACACUGUAGUUUAGCAUUCGAUUUUACUGCCACACCUAAUUUUUGUAGUUGAUACUUUUUUCUCUUCAUAUUUUGGGUUCCGUUUUCGUUGCAAGGGUUCCCAAAUUUAUUCCACAGGACCGAGAGGUUCCUUGAAUGACACAUUGGAGUUCGGCGAGCUGUCUAAAUAAAUCUGCCCCAUGUUCCUUUCAGUGUAUUUUCACAUUAGAGCUUGAAUUAAAAAAUUAAAAGCAUCACAACCCCACUUCGGUAGCCUUCAUGAAUAAGAUCAUUGUGACAGUGGCAAGGGUCACUCGUGCUUGUUUGUGAACGAAAACUUAAGGCGGCUUGAAAAGCGGUCAGCAGAGCUAACUGUUAGGAGAACAGGUGUGCUUCUCUGCUUUCAUUACUAAUGAUUCUGUUAAUUUGAGGGUUGCAGUUUAAACGUUGUAGUUGUGAAAUUACGCUAAUGAACAUAUUUUUACUAAUCACUUAAGUGGACCACUAAUGCAGUGUAAUUGCAUAAUUGCACUAUUUGCGAUAAGCAUGUCAUAGUAUCGUGUUGAGGGCCACCAAGUGGAAUGCAGGUAUUUGGCUUUAAAAGUGCCCAUCAACACUACAGAAGAUGUUGAAGUUGCUGGAAUGAUAAGCAUGUCAGUCUCUGUAGGCUGUGCCAAAACAAGCAUGCUGCACUGUAAGCCACGGGAUAAGUGCUGAGGCAAGAGAAAAACUGAUUCAGCUGUUCAGCAUGAUUAUGCUUGAUGUAUCUUAAAGGUAAACAAGACAAAGUAAAUGAUAAAUGUCAAGACGUGCUUCCAUAAUAACAGUGCCUUAUUUGUCUAACGUGCUUGUAAUGAAAUUAGUUGGGGGGUGAAGGACGUACAUUUAGUCUCAUCUUACGAACAAAGUCACUCGUACUAUGAGAAGAUGCUGUGUAUUCCUGAAAAGAUGUGAAGUGGCAAUGCUGUCUUGAAAUUGUUGCACUAGCUUGGCAUGAUGUUAUAGAUUUUGAUGCCAUUUGCUCACGCUUAAUGAAAUCCUUACGAGUAAAAAUGAACGCAUUGUGUUCCAAAAGAGCCAAUGACUGAGUUCAGGAAAUUUUAACUCCUGCCUAAUUACAAUGGCCUAAAUGCGAAAAAAUGCUUUGCGAUCUGUGAGGUCACACUGACUGGUUUCGGUGUGAAAUAAAAAAAAAAUUGAUCAUGAUUUUAUCUUCUAAUAAUCACCCCAGCUGUUGCCGCAAAAUCAAUGAAACUAAUUUUUAAAGAUACUUUUUAUUGUAAGCUGAUUCAAUACAUCUCUUUAGUGUCUUUUUGAUGUUGCAAGGUAGGCUCUGCACUUGCAAUGCAACUCAUGUAGAACACCCUUUUUUGGGAAACAUUUUUCUUAUUGGUACCCAGCAUUUAAUGUUUGUCAUAUUUAGCUUUCAACUUCUUGCCCACAUUUUUUCGAAAUGGAGAUAGUUCUGUUAGAACCGUGUGUUUUGUUUGGUCAUUUUAUGGCAUCUUUAAAAACCUACAUUUUCAUUUUCUGUUGUGGGGUGUAAGUAUGCUUCUAAUAGGAGAGAGUACGUGUGUGUGUGGAUAAAGCCAAGUAGAGGGACAGCCUAUUUCCUCAUCAAAGGAUUGGAAUAUUUUCACACCCCUGCUUGAUCUACCAUGCAUGUCUGGUACUUUUCUUUUUGAGCAAAGGGUGCUAUCACUUGUAUUUUGUUAGUGUUGUAAAAUCAUGUUCUCUGUGCUGUAUGCAGUGCUGUGUCAAUUGCACCAGUCUACGUGUCAUGAAAGUUGCUACAUUCGUAUACAAAUGAGAUGACUUAUGCCAAAGCUAUGCCAAAGAGCGGUGAACAAUGCAUGUGACAUGAGCAUAUGCAAAGGAUGCUGUACUUGUAUGCCUUUCUCCACUCAGAUGGUAGUGCUGCAACUGGCAUAUGUAUAUAACUACACUUACGUACACUGAUUGAUGUUCUGUCAUUUUGGUGAUAAUGGAUAUUGUUGGCUACAGCUGCUGUAGAAUUUAUGCUUUGUCACUGCAGUCAUCGAUUGAUCUUUUCAAUGCCAGUUUUGUUAGACUUGCUUGAUAAUUUGGUAAUCUAAGCAGUGCUUCAUAGAGCCACACCCCAGCCACUCCUUAUGCUUAUCCAUAAAGCCAUAUAUGCAUGGUGUGACAAAUUUCGAAAGCCAUAUAAAAAUUUUGCUAGACAUUUAUAACAUCUCCACACAUCACGUCGUAAAACUUGUAGUUGCAAACUAAUUGAAGUCUUCAUUUUAAGGUUAUCAUCCUCGCCCUUGCCAUUGGCAAGUGAUUUUUGACUUCCGCAUGCAAUUCAUUGCUUCAAGACGUGUUCACUCACUGUCAAACUAAUUUUCAACCACAGUUUCUGUGCAAUAUAAUGCAUGUUAGGCCUACCAAUAUGGCUUGAAUGACUGGAUGGCAUGGUGGCAGGUGACAAGGCGCCAUUGGAAGGUUGCUGCUAUUUUUACUUUGCGGCCAUGAAUGGCAGUCAAGCCCGAGAUUGUGUUUACUGAUGGCUGAUUGCCUAUUGAGGGCCAACCUCCUCAUUGCUAUCAAGUUUGCCUGUAAAUGAGUUUGUUUUCUCACGUUAUGCUUCCUGUAUUUCUGAGCAUCAAGUUAGGUGUGCGUACACCCUUGUCCUACUGCAGCAUCUGUUUGGUAGUAUUUUACCUCUGUCCUUUGGCUCCUAUGCUAUCACAAAAGGAACAUACCUUUGUUCAGUAAGACCCCAAUUUGUAAAGUAGUAUUUGUACAUUUUAGCCAUUUUGUAUCUUGCUUCCUAUACUUAAUAACAUUGCACAUUCUUGUGGUAUAUCAUGACCACCUGCUAUAACAUGACAGCAGAGUAUUGGUAGACUAACUAGUUUUUUUUUUGUAAUAUCUUUUUGCACUAGGGAAUUGCUAUUGAAAUAGCAGUGUGAAAAUAUUUGAAUGUUAGAAUUCAAAUCAGAAUAGUUCCAGCCAUUUCUGUUUUUUUUUUCUACACUUCUUUACUACACCGGCUCUUUCUUUAGGAGUAAAAAAUAUAGAUUGUCCAAAGGGCGUGCUAGAGGGGAACUGGGUGAAGCUGACCAUGCUGUUUGUGUGGAGGUUGGAGGUUGCUUCAUGUUCUACUUUGCACCAAGAAAAAUAUGUUUAGUGAACCUAAGCACCAACUUCCCGAAGUGCAAGUUCUGAAGUGUUUUCCAGUGCCCUUAUUUUCAUAAGCCACACUAGCUACUUUUCAAUUGGGGUGAUGCACCACUGGGGAGAGGGCAUUCGGUGUGCCCAGAAAACUGGUGAUAAUAAAUUAAAUUAUGGGGUUUUACGUGACAAAACCACUUCUGAUUAUGAGGCACGCCGUAGUGGAUGGCUCCGGAAAUUUCAACCACCUGGGGUUCUUUAACGUGCACCUAAAUCUAAGUACACGGGUGUUUUCGCAUUUCGCCCCCAUCGAAAUGCGGCCGCCAUGGCCGGGAUUCGAUCCCGCGACCUCGUGCUCAGCAGCCCAACACCAUAGCCACUGAGCAACCACGGCGGGUAAAAAAAAAAAAAACUGGUGAUAAUGUCAGCAUCAUCUGAAGCAGGUGAAUUGUUACAGUGGCUUCCUAGAGUGGAGUCUUUGGGCACUGAGUGUCCAGGAUGCACCCUCUUGGCCACAUAGAUAUAACCAAUUACCCAUAGCUUGAUGGUUGAUGUCAGUAACAGUAUCUAGCUGUGUGAUCUGGUGUGCCACCUUAGCAGAUGCAGAGGGCAAACUUCCGAAAUGCUGAUGAAACUGUUGAGCCACAUCCAUCCGUUGAGAGUAAAAAACUUCUCUAUAGGAGUCAUAGGCAGUAACUGGCCUCUGUGAAUGAGGGUUGCGUGGGUACUGAUCAAAACGUCGAUCAAUAAGGUCAUUGUAGGAUUGUUGGGCUAGAUCAUAAUGCAGACUGUCUCUGUAGCUGCUAAAGUAGACAGUGAACAUUGUUAAACUGCGUGAACAAACGGACCACAUAGACAGCAUGGGACAAGGACGGGCUCAGACUUGCAACUAAUGUUUAUUCCACAAAGACCACAUAUAAGUACACCCCCAACAUACACCACUGCGCAUACGCGAAAAAAUAAAAAAUAAAAGAAAAACCUUGUAUAUGCAAAACGCGACCUACCUUCGCUCGCCAAUAAACCUCAUCUCACUGUUGUGUAAAUAAACUGAGGUGUCACUGACACAGUCUUGUCCCUUCUUUCUAAUAUGGUACGCCUCGAGUAGCUCUCUGGCUCGGCUAUCUCGGCAGCGGCACAAAAUCUUUACUUCCUUCAUGAUCGGCUUUCACGUGCACGCCAAGCAGUGGACUGGCAGGUGCCCAUUCAUUUUAUUUGUAAUUGAGAAUUCAUGCUCACGCAAGCGCACAUUCACGCACCUUCCUAUUUGGCCUAUGUAAACUUUACCACAUGAUAGAGGUAUCUGAUAAACUACUCCAACACUGCAAUAUACGUGGAAAAUGGAGUGUUUUGUUCCGCACCCUUGGAAGCUAUCUUUACUUCUUCCUAUGUGCGAGCAUAGCCCAGUGAGCUUGCCGGGAGCCGAGAACGCUAUCUCAACUCCAUACCGUUUGACAACCUUUUUUAAGUUGUGGGAACUCUUGUGAACAUAAGGCACAACUUUACGUUUCUUAUUUUUGCACUCCCUUCUGUCUUCAGUAAUAUUGCCUUCCAUCUUUAUCUUCUUAAGCACUGCCUCCACUACUGCUGAAAUGACUGAUUGCGGGAAACCUGCUUCUUCCAACCUUACAAUCUGCCUGUCAAAGCUUUCCUGUAUUUUGUGUGUGCAGGACUUUCCUGAGGCUGAUAUGAUACACUGGGUGGCUAUUGCCCGCUUUACCGUUUUUGAAUGAGCCGUAUCGUAGGGCAACAAUUUCUUUUGGGAUCUUGGGUUAUAUUUCCAGCACACAUGGUCGUCACAGAAGCUUGUAGCGCUGUCUAAGAACUGAAUAUUAUUAUCCUUUGUUAGAUCAUGGGUGAAAGUCAAACCCUUGCCAAGGCGCAGAAAGAUGUGUAGUACACCUGCGAUGGCGUUGUCAUACGUGGAACUGGCUUGCUUUUUUAAAUGUACAAGAAAAUCGUCAACAUAAUGAAACACGGUAACAACCUGGUCACGAUCAAUCCCUUCGUUUACCGCUCUGUCAAAUUCUGAUAAGUAAACAUUGCACAAGAUUGCGCCUGUCCUUGUCCCAUGCUGUCUCUGUGGUCCGUUUGUUCACGCAGUUUAACAAUGUUCGCUAAUAUGUACCAACUCGCCCAACAACAAGUUCUAAACUAUAAAGUAGACAGUGUCUACUGGGUGCUGUCAAGGAGUCAAAGUGGGUGCAUAAACAAUGUCUCAAAGCAUUGGAGAUGUAAUAUUGUAGUGUAUAACAUGCCUGUGCUAUUGACCAGGGACAUGGGAGGUAUUCUCCAUUUCGGUGGGGAAAAAAAUGCAAAAACACCCAUGUACUUGGAUGUAGGUGCACGUUAAAUAGCCCCGGUCCUCUUUCAUUGCCAUUAAUUUAUCAUUUCUGUAAUACAAUUAGUAAAUAGAAGUAAUUUCUACUACGUUGUCCUUGGUGUCUUUGUUUGUUGGCUUCUCAUGGUAUGAUUAACAAAAAUCGGGCACCUCCACUAACCCCCUUUCUUCUCAUCACUAAGGUUGUGUAGUUCUAGAGCCUUGGCUAUCAAGUUUCCAAGUUGCCCUUUGAGUAGGCAGUUCACCUCCCAUAAGAGCAGUUUUGCAAAAUUGCUGCCCUUUGGAAUGAGGUUGACAGCAGAUUACUUCAUUCGAUGCAUAGGACAAAUAAUUGAUGACCUACGUAUAUUGCUGUAUUGGGAAUGGUAAUGUCAUGCAGUGUGUAGGGCAGACAACUUGCAGUCUGAUACAGUUACGGAGUUUGGCGCACGAACAGACGGGAAUGCAGUCAAAGGUGAUGGCAUCGCACAGGAUGAUAUGAGAUUUUGAUACGAGAAAAUUAGUGGCCAUUGGGUAGGUUUGUUUCGCACAUGAAACUAGUUAGAUGUGGGAGAGGAGAGACCGCUUUGUGCUGUAGUUGACUCAGUCAAAUCAAAAGUGGUGGAAACAUGUCAACAAAGAUGCAGAGACUUAUUGGUGCUUUGUUCGAAAAUACAUUGUGAUUUCAGUGAAAAUAGAAAGCACAGCCAGAAGUGCUCCAUAUUAAAAUUCAUAUUUUACAUUGCUUGCACAUUACUUGUCUUUAUGGUGUAAUGGUUGGGUCAUUUGGUUACAUACAUGUCUGUAUGAAUCAAAAGAAUAUAUUUUUGUGUAGUCUGCAUAGGGAACCUGCACACAAUUGUUUUGUGCUAAUACUUGGGUGUGCAUAAACACCAGUGGCAAUGCUCUAUCAAGUGACCUACCCCAUUAACAUAUGUGCUGCUGUGUGUUGCUUGUACAAUCCUAAGUAAAGCAUCUCACCUCCACAACACACUAGCAGUGGCCUGCUUGCGAUAGGGUAUGUCUAGCAUUUUUAAUAAGAAGCAAAAAGUAAUAGCAAAAAAAGAAAUUCAUCCUACAGCACGGAAAAAAUUAAAAGUAAUUCAUAUACCUUAAAAGUGUCCCUCACAGGCACCAGUUAUUAAACUUUGUACUGCAAAAACUACGCAUUGUAACUUAAAGAUAUCUCCGUUCGUCUUACAAUUAAAUGGCAUACGCUUUCACGAAAUAUUACAGGAUGUACACAUUUAAGCUCACUCUAAAAGGCUUAUUUAGCAUUACAUGUUCUGUCAUAAAGUCUGGUUCCAUAUUUAGUGUAGUGCGCAAAACAAUGGGGUGGAUUUGCUUUUUCACCUUCGUUAAAAUUUUCUUUUCUCUGGUGAGUCGCAUUUCUUGUGAUUACAACAAUUCGCUACAUCUACAUUGCAAUGUAUAGUAUUCAGUGGAAACACUAUAUAUAGCUAAUAUCAAACAAUGCCUUCAUUAGAAAUAAAGCCUAAGUUGCUUUUGUCUUCUAUAAUGUACAUUAUAUAGCUUGUUGAUCAACAGUUACAUUCAUAUACACAAGAAAAGCUGCUGCAACAUCCAGGCCAUCCUUCAUUGCAACCAAAAAGAGCAAAACUAUUUGAUUUAAAAUGCUGCAUACCUUAAUUUCUAUCGUUACUGUAUAAAAUAAAAGCAAUAAGAAAAUGUUCGACAGUUAUGUCCGAAGGUAAACAUCCUUACUGAUGCUUUGUUGUUGACAUCUGCAUGCUAAGUUUCCUGAAACUCCACAGAUUUAGAGGCUGGGACAGCGCAUAAAAAAAGAAACAUUGUUAACAACCUAAUUUAUGCAAUAUUUGCUGAUUGUUAUAGUCUGCAGAACUAUUUUGCAACAGUGCACUGUUACAAUAGUGCUGUGCCUGGAAGAACAUUAUCCUUCAGUUAUAUUAGAAUCGAGUUGGGCAUUUUUGUUAAAGUGUCAGUAUUAUGUGCUCUCAUAAUGUGCUACAUGCAUCAUUGUCAUUUGUACCUAUUACUCACCAAAUUAUAUCAGAAUAAAAUUUGUUUGAUAUGAGGA